AUGCCACCAAAGAGGAAAGCGCCGCCAACUGUCCCGAAGAAAGAGGCGUUGCCGAAAGCGGAAGCAGCUCCCAAAAAAGGGGUGCCGAAGAAAGGCGCAGGGAAAGGCAAAGCUGCAGCAAAGGCAAAGCAAGGGGCCGCGCCAAAAGCCAAAGGAAAGGCGAAAGGUAGGGCCAGGAGAAUUGUGCCGGAGGAUUUGUUGCCCGAGUAUGCCAUGCCCGUGGGAUACCUGUGUGCCGAUUUCGUGGCAAAGGGUUUGCUGCGAGCAGACCUGGAGCCGAUGACCUUGGCGCCGGGCCGCUGGCAGUGCACGUCAACGGACGUGGAGCGGUUGUUGUACACCUGGAGCGUACGGCUUCGCCAGGCAUAUGACCUCACCCACCUCCCGCGGCUUGGAGCCUUUGGGGUCUUUCGAGAGAGUUUCAAAGAGCUGUCCUUCUCCGUGGUCCUGGAACCUAGUCCCGGGGAAGUCCUCAAAGACCUCUUUCAGUACAUUACUGGCGUCUGCUGGUAUUUCUUCAUGAAGUCCGAAGACUUCGUCGCGCAGGUCGGCGUGGUCUUCCUGUUGUAUUUGCUCUUCCACUGCCAAAGGGAGCAGCGAUAUGCCAUCCCGGUCAACGUGGAGAUCUUGGAGAAGGUCCACGUGGUCCGCAAGCGCUGUAUGUCCGAGCAAAUCUUGUUGGAGUUCCCCGCGGCGCUGCGCUACCUGGUGCAGGAGCAGGCGUUGUCGGUGGGCCUUCGCGCGAGCUACCGCAACCUCUUCUUCGACAAGUACGGCCACCUCCUGGAGCGCAAGGCCUUGGCCUCGGCCCACGGCCGCGGCCGCGCGGAGCGCGGCGCGACGCACGAGACGCCGCUGCCGGACACCAGAGCUUGGCAUCGGAUGAAGGCGAAGGAGAAGCCGGUGGAGGUCCACAUUCCCGCGCCGCCCGAUGUCUCCCACCUGGAAGCCCAGCUGAAGAGCUACGAAGACCUCCGAGACGGCGCCAGCGGCGCCGGGGAGGUCGACCGGAGCCUCAGCCAGCGGAUGAAGCGUUUGGCGGAGGCGUCCGCGGUCUUUGAGAAGUCCGUGCCAGUGCCGACAGAGGACCUCGAGCACGAAGCCAAGGUGGGCUUGGGAUGGGCGGAUCCGCAAGCGACUGAAGCAACCGAUGGCCUUUCACAUCCUUGGUUGGAUGAUGUUGGAUAG